UACUUCUGGGUGGGGAUAAGGUGUGCCCAGGUACAUAAAUAGGCACGCCACACUUUCCUUGUUCACACUGAAACUUAGAGCACUUCAGCUGUCCCUCAAAGAAGAAGGCAGGCAGAAAAGAAGCCAUGGAGAAAACCUUAAUAUCGGUGUUGCUUUUGCUGGUUGCUCUCUCAUGUACCUUGGCUAAAAUUGAGAAGAAGGACACAAAAGAAGUAAAAGAAACCCGCCCCAAAUUACCCCAGACCCUCUCCAGAGGUUGGGGUGAUCAGCUUAUCUGGACUCAGACUUAUGAAGAAGCUCUCUAUAAAGCCAGGACCAACAACAAGCCUAUAAUGGUCAUCCAUCACUUAGAAGACUGCCCUCAUAGCCAAGCACUGAAAAAGGUAUUUGCUGAAGACAAAGAACUGCAGAAAUUGGCGGAAAAGUUUGUUCUCCUCAAUCUUGUUUAUGAAACCACAGACAAACAUCUUUCACCAGACGGUCAGUACGUCCCCAGAGUUCUGUUUGUAGAUCCUUCACUGACAGUAAGAGCAGACAUUACCGGCAGAUAUUCCAACCGCCUCUAUGCUUAUGAGCCUUCAGAUGUCGCAUUAUUGAAAUCAAAUAUGAACAAAGCUUUGACCUUGUUAAAGACUGAAUUGUGAAGAAAGAAAACAACAGACACUUCCAUUUCUAGCUCGGCCUUGAAAACUGUUCUCACCAAAGAGAAUAUGUAGGUUAACCUAGAAUAUGCAUAUACUAUGUGUAAGCUCCCACAGGAAAACUGUGUUAUAAAUAUUCAUUUGAAACUGUGUGGCAUUAAGUAUUGAUUGCUUUUGUAAAAUGAGAAAAACACUGUAUGCUCUUUUCUACAAAUCAGGAUAAAAACAAUAAAUCUACAUUAUGUUGUUUAC